GAUUAUUGUUUAUCAGUUCUGACUGUCACCGUGUCACCUACUGCGUGAAGCGUGCUUGUUGAGAUUGUUUUUGUUUACAUAUGUGGUUUAUCGUUUUAAUUUUAUUUAAGUGACAUUAUAAUAACAUUUAUUCAAUGGCAUUUUAUUCAUUUGUGUUAACAUAUCACUUAAUCGUUUUACUCGUAAUGCACUGCAAUUGCAGUAACUUCAAGCGAAAUGCACUUAUUAUUAUAGCGGAUGAUGCGGGCUUUGAAAUGGGAACAUACAGAAAUCAUAUUGUUCAAACUCCUAACUUGGAUGCACUAGCUAAGAAAAGUCUAAUUUUCAACAAUGCAUAUACUUCAGUGAGUAGCUGUUCACCAAGCCGGUCGGCAGUGUUAACAGGGUUCCCUGCUCACCAGAAUGGAAUGUACGGAUUACAUAACGGAGUCCAUAACUUCAACUCUCUGGAGCACACAGUCAGUUUGCCGAACAUCCUCUCCCAGCACAACAUUAGAACAGGCAUCAUCGGGAAGAAACAUGUUGGCCCAAAAGACAAUUACCACUUUGAUUUCGAAGAGACUGAAGAAAAAAAUUCCAUAAUGCAAGUAGGACGAAACAUCACUCAUAUUAAGUUGCUUGUGCGAGAGUUUCUAGCCCAGAAUACUUCUCAGCCGUUUUUCCUAUAUGUCGCAUUUCAUGAUCCUCAUCGAUGUGGACACACCGACCCUCACUACGGCAACUUUUGUGAGAGGUUUGGAUCAGGUGAACCGAAUAUGGGGUAUAUCCCAGAUUGGUCACCCAUCAUCUACGAACCAGAUCAGGUAGAAGUGCCAUACUAUGUCCAAGACACUCCUGCAGCCAGAGAAGACAUAGCAGCCCAGUACACUACCAUCUCUAGAUUGGACCAAGGUGUGGGAUUGGUACUGAAAGAGCUAGCUGAUGCAGGGCUUGAUGACAGUACAUUGAUUAUCUACACUUCGGACAACGCAAUACCAUUCCCUGCUGGACGUACCAAUCUUUACGAUUCUGGCAUGGCUGUCCCAAUGUUGGUGUCAUCACCAGAACACACAGAACGCAGAAACCAGGUCAGCUACAAUCUAGUGAGCCUCCUGGAUCUUGCCCCCACGGUGUUGGACUGGUUCCAUAUCCUCUACCCCCUGACUUACCCUGUCUUUACUGGACAAUCAUUAUUGCCUAUACUCAUUCAAGAGCGGGCAACUGACAAUGAAGCGGUGUUUGCCAGCCACAGCCUACAUGAAGUCACCAUGUACUACCCAAUGAGAGCUAUUCGUACCCAUGACUUCAAACUGAUACACAACCUUAAUUAUCUCAUGCCCUUCCCCAUCGACCAGGACUUCUAUCUCUCUCCUUCAUUCCAGGACUUAUUGAAUCGCACACAGAGGGAAAGAAUCACUGCCUGGUAUCGUAGCCUGAAGGAGUACUACUACCGGCCUCAAUGGGAGCUGUUUAACAUCAAAGCUGAUCCCGAGGAAGUAGAAAACUUGGCAUACAAUGUCACCUUUAAGGAUGUCGUAGAGAGUCUUCGAAGGCGGCUUGACUCCUGGAGACAGGACACACAGGACCCUUGGCUCUGUGCUCCCUCUGCGGUGCUGGAAGAUAUGGGAGACUAUAAGAAGCAUCCUCACUGCUUCCCCCUCUACAAUAAGAUAUGAACAAAUGGAAAAGUUUUGUAUAUUCAUACUCCCUGAAUUUAUAUUAAAGUUUAGUUUAUGAACGCACAAAAGUAGAUUGCUAUAUCAACUGUACAUGAAGUUUACUGUGAUAUUAUCAAUGCAGGUAGAACAAGCAAAUAAUGUUGUCUUUCUUGUCAAAUUAAUGUAAACUGGAAUUUUUAUAUGGAUAAAGAAAUAUUUUUUAUAAUAAAGAAAAUUCAUCAAAUAUCCGAAUAAAAUAAAACAAAAUUAUAAUUGUACACAAACAUACAUAACAGAAAGCGCUUGAUUUAUACAUUGAGUAUGAUACAGGAGACCUCUAUGUGGUUACAUAGAGAUCAAAAAUUAUAACAGCUGAAGUUGUGUGGCUGUAAUAUACAGUUGAUAUUGUUGUUUAGUGUUCAGAUUACAAGUACCGGUAUGAGUUCUCUUCCUAAUUUAUCAACUGAUUUAUCUUAAUCUUGAUAUUUUAAAUAAAACACAAUACCUAACUAAUUUUAUCAUAUGCUGCUUUUUGUAAAUAUUACAUAAAGUUUUUAGGAAGUUGCCAAUUUAUUAAAUAAAGUUAUUAACAAUUUUGUUUCUAUAAUUAGGUCUUUCAACCAAAUUUCAACUUUUUGCAAAAAACUAUUUUUAAAUUAAAAAUUGUUAAGUGAAAAAAAACAUAAUGGCGAGUUUGUGUGAUUAUUAAAAUAUUGAAUAUAAUAUAUUGGUUUGUGUUUGGACCAUAAUACUUAGAGAGUUCAGGGAUACCUUGUUUAUGUUGUACCUCAUCCAUGACAUUCAACAUCUUAUUGUUCAAAUAUUAUGUUGUACCUCCUCCAUGACAUUCAACAUCUUAUUGUUCAAAUAUUAUGUUGUACCUCCUCCAUGACAUUCACAUCUUAUUGUUCAAAUAUUAUAAGAAUAAAAGAAAUGUUUUACUAAGAUA